CCCACAGCCUUUCAACUCGUCCACUGGAAACAACCCAAGAAGUCGGCCGCAGCUUUUGGCCUGUCUCUCCUGGUUCUUGUCUCCGUGGCAACGCUGUCUGUCAUCAGCGUGGUGUCCUACCUGCUGCUCGCCUGCCUUUGUGUCACCAUCACCUUCCGGGUUUACAAGUCAGUGAUUCAGGCCGUCCAGAAAUCAGAAGAAGGUCAUCCCUUCAGGUCUCUGUUGGACAGAGACAUCGCAGUGUCCUCGGAGUCGGUCCGUCAGUUGGCGGAUCAGGGUCUGAUCCACCUGAACUGGUUCAGCAGUGAGACCAGGAGGCUGCUGCUGGUCGAAGACCUGGUCGAUUCUCUGAAGCUGGCUGCCGUCAUGUGGCUGAUGACGUAUGUUGGUUCUGUGUUUAAUGGAGUCACCAUCUUGAUCCUCGCUGACGUCUUGUUCUUCACCGCUCCGCUGAUCUACCAGAAGAAAAAGGUACCGAGCGUCUGUCCUCAAAGAACCUGAGACAACAAACCUCUGUUUAGUGGAUCAACAGU